UGGGUGCUCGUCGUCCAUGGCGACACUGCCGGUCGCCAUGACGGUCAUCCACCAGACGCGCCAAGUCUCGCCGGCCUUUGGCCAGCUCAUCAUGUGCCUGGGCACGCCUGUCAACACGAACGCGGCGGGUUUGUACUACCCGCUCAUGACCAUGUUUCUUGCGAUUGCGUCGGGCAACUCGCUUGGGACGCCGCAGCUCGUAGUCCUCUUCCUCGUCUCGCUCUUGGGCUCGAUGGGCACGGCGCCCGUCCCGAACGCCGGCCUUGUCAUGCUCAUGACGGUCUGGAAGACGGUGCUGCCAAACGAGACGCUGCCUCAUGCGUUUGUCUACAUCGUCGCGAUCGACUUUCUCUUUGAUCGCAUUUGCACCAUGACCAACAUCAACGGCAACAUGGUCGCCACCCGGAUCCUCGCCGCGCAGUUUGACGAUGGCCGUGGCUCGACCGAAGAUGCCGAUCCCGAACCCCAUGUGAUCCAAGUCGGCGCCUAGUCGUGCGCAAUGGUGUGGACGGAAUGCAACGUCUACUUGUUGUUUAGUGUCGUAUGUGAUGGUGUGCAGCGAUAGAAUGAAAUCGAUUUUGUGUGUA